AUGGACCUCUACCUAGUGCGUUUCAGGGUCGCAUUGGAGGAGCGAAAGGACUCUGGAUGGUCAGCGACGAGUCUUUCACAAAAGACCCGGAGCACCUUGCCAAUAUGGAUCAAGGUCAGCGACAGCCAGCUGAAAUUCAACCCACAUCCAGAGGAUUUGUCUGACGCCACCUUUGACCGGCACCGUCUGACGUUUGAAGUUUCGAACUACAGCCAAACGCCAGCACAUUCGGAUCUCCACGUCUCAUCCAUCCCAAUUAUGGCUGACAGAGGUGUGCCCAGGGAGGUCGUUGCCGGGUACAUGAGAGAGCGUCUUGACGUAGCCAGGAAGGUUCUUCUAGACAAAGUAAAAGACCCAAUGAGAUUGUACGAGUACGUCCACAAAAAUAGCUCAAUAUCGAGGGAAGGGUCGGAAAUGGCCUGGCAGGCAGCAAUGCCUCUGGCAGUAGAGGACAAGAUGACGCUGCUGCUCGAGUCAGGGUUCUCGCCCCUCAAGCUGCAGGUCCUGGCUAGGAGCACGUGCCGCUUUGUCAAAAAGCAGCAUUUGCGUCAGGAGUCAAAGCUCAGAACACCGCUGGGAAAGGCGACAUGUCUUUACGGCGUUGCGGACCCUAUCGGAGUCUUGAGGCCGGGAGAGGUGUACAUUCAGUUCUCGUCCUCUUUCGUGGACGAUGUGACAGAUGAGAGGUACCUCAAUCUAAAGGGACACAAUCUCCUUGUUGCGCGACAACCUGCUAUUCGCAAUUCCGACAUCCAAAAGGUACGAGCCACAGGCCAUCCGAAACCCUCUCAUUUGGUCGACGUCGUGGUGCUCCCUUCCAAAGGGCAGUUCCCACUCGCUGGCAAGCUACAGGGUGGCGACUAUGAUGGUGACAUCUUUUGGCUCUGCUGGGAAGACAGGCUCGUUGAGCCGUUCAGAAAUGCUCCAGCGCCAGUCAAGAGUCCAGUUCCUGAGCAGUACGGGAUCAAAGCAGUCGGAGAGGGAAGCAGUCGGAGAGGGAAGCAGUCGGAGAGGGAAGCAGUCAGAGAGGGAAGCAGUCGGAGAGGGAAGCAGUCGGAGAGGGAAGCAUGCGUAUCGCUGUUCCGUUGA